CUUUUCUCCACAUUUCUCACUCAAGAAAUGGAAACCAGAUACACUAACACCUCCAGCAUUCUGGACAAUUUUUCUCUCGGCUCUCCAGUGAACCCCUUCGCGGGCCAGAACAUCGGCUACCUGCGCCUGGCAGUCGUGGGUGAUAGCGGUGUUGGAAAGACCUCGUUCGCACGUCAGUUCACAGAGACGCUGCCUGAGGUUCUCUCUCACGACUGGGAGCCAUUGAACCCCUCGGACGACGGCUACACGCGCACCGAUGCCCUUGUAGAAAAAUUCUCAAGCACCAUGAUGGAGAUCCCCUGGGACAACAUGGAGGCUGACGAUGAAGUGCCUGCACGUAACUUGGUCUUUGUUGAUACACCGGGCUAUGGCAGCGUUGUCGAUGCUCAGACCAACUUUGAUCACUUCAUGAACUACAUCGGCCAAACAUUCGAGGAUAAGAACAAACGGAUCUCGCCUUUUACAGAGGUGUCGAACAACGAACUCAUGCGAUCCUUGGUCACAGGCGUGGGCGCACACAAGUUCAUCGACGUCUGCUUCUACCUCAUCGUCCAUCGCCUCAAGCCCAUCGACGUGGAAUUUAUGCGACUGAUCUCUGAAAAGGCGAACGUUGUACCCGUCAUCUGUAAAGUUGACACUCAAUCGGAACAGGAGGUCAUCGAUCUCAAGGUCCAUGUCUUGAAGACGCUAAAGGAGCAGGGAGUGUCGAUCUACACCUUCAGGAUCGACUACGACCGCUUGAUCAGCAUGGCAGAGUCCGGCCAGGCAGGUGGACCCCCAUUUGCGGUGUCCAAUGCUGCCCCUAAACCCGUGUCGGACGACAGUAACGACCAGAUCUUGUUCACACCUGCAAUGAAUGAGCUGCCGUUGCUUCGCAAACUCGUCCUGGAGACUCAGAUUACGAACAUCCGCCAAUUCACUGUGAAGAAGUUCAUUAAUUGGCGCGGUAAGUACCUUACACAGCAGCCGCAGCAACAGCAGCCGCAGCAGCAGCAACAGCAGCAACCGGUAGUAAUGCAGCCCUACUAUCAGCAGCAGCAGCAGCAAUAUCAGCAAGUUGUCCGAUAG